AUUUAGAGUCAUGUGACCCAGUGACGUCACAAAGUACGUUUUAUGCGUGGAGUUUAGUUGCUACCAAUGUGAUUUUCGGCUGCGGGACGAACGAUAAUGCAAGCAGCGAAGGUCCCAUAGGGUAACUCGCCUCUGUUCCGUGCAUUGGUCAUCUUUUUGAUAGGAUCAUAAAAUAAGGAUGGAGAAAUCUUUAUCAAGUCAAAAUGAACCUGAAACACCUUUUUUUUGCCAUUUGUGCAGUGUUUCUUGUGCUUCAGCUCUCAAUCUUCAGAGUCACUUUUUGGGCAUCAAGCACAGGAGGGCAGAAGAGGCUCUCAGAGAUGAUAAACCAGACAAGGAGGAGCCUAUUGACAUAAAGCCCGAAGCAACAUUACAAGAGCAACUUGAUGCAUGCAAAAAUUCUGAACCUGCUUUAGGUCUUGAGUACAUUUAUCAGUACCAAAAACGUGGCUAUAACACAUAUGAGUGCAAACUGUGUGAAUGUCGGUCGGGACUCACACACAUGUUCAUGCAUAUUGUUGGCGCUAAGCACAGAAUUUAUUAUUUGAGUAAACAUCAUCCUUCACUUGGUAUUUCUGGUCCAUACAUAAUGAAAGGCCCAAAAAAGCUUAAGAAGUUAAGAGAAAUCUGCCUUACAGUUGAAAAGGAAUUUGGAAGGAAAAACAUAAAUGUUAUUGAAGGAAAAGAAAAUCCCUGGUCUUUCAAUACUGAUAUUACUGGUGCGUCAAGUGUAUAUUACACUCCAGACAGCGAACUUGAAAAGAUGGACUUCACUUCAGAUGAUUUUUUUGACACAGAUGUCAAACCUGCAGCUUCUGAACAUGUUGUAACGUUUCUAGAAUUAAAAGCAUCAUACGAAUCAGAUCAGAAGUCAUCAGAAUCUAGCAGCAACAGUAUUGCACAUAAGGCAGAAGAAUCAGAGUUUUCUGCUCUACAGGAAUUAAAAAAUGAUGAGAAAGAUGCACAGGAGAUGGUAAAAGAUGGCGAAAGUAGAAAGGAUGCCCAUGAGAAAGAAGAGCACAUAACGGAGCUGUGUGAGUCUGACCAAGAUUUUAUAAAUAAUAAGGAUCUAUUAGAUUUCUUGGAACAUUUUAGAAUUCUGCAAGAUGAAGAUGCCAAAUUUGUCAACACUGUUGUCGAAAUGUUGUCAAUCGCGUUAAUGCGACACAAGAGAGUCUCUAAAGAAAAUGAAGAGCAGAAAUUGCCUGUUUCCAAAUAUGAUGCCGUGUCUGAACAAGUAAAAUUGAAGCAGCAGGAUCCAGCGUCAUGUGUUGUGCCACCCAAUGCAAAUCAAGCACUUCAAAACUCAGUCUCCUCAGCUCCCCAGGUAAACAGAGAUGCUUGUUUUUCACAGACCAGUUUUUCCCACUCUCACACUUCAUCUCCUUCAAGAGCUGCACCACCACUCUUCCCUAUAGCAAAGGAUGAUAUUGUGAAUAAAUUCUUUGAAAGUAUCAAGAAUAUGGAAGUUGCUGAAGUAAUAUCAACAUUGACCACAAUAACUACUACAAAUCCUGCUUUCAAAGGCAUCCAUGUCCCAAGUCUUAUACGCUACUUAACAGAGAUGGGGAAACUGAAGUCAGAAGAAGCAUGCAACAGCUAAAUAAAUGAAAGGGAGCUGUGGGGCUUAUAUAUAUAUAUUUUUUUUUUAUUGCUUGUAUAAUUUUCAUUCUACAUUUAUUUGUUCAGUUUGAAAUGAUUAAAAUAAACCUGUUUUGUAAGUGUAAAUAUACAUGUUUAUAU